AUGUUGAAGGUGAUACGCCUUGACGACAACAAUUUCAAAGAAAUUCCAAAUGAGAUCGGCACUUUAGAUCAAGUGGAGUUCAUGUAUGUGCAGGACAAUGCCCUAAAAGGGCAUGUGCUGAAUUUGGGUAACAACCAGUUUGGUGGUCCGCUUCCGUCCAAAUUAUGGCAAUGCGAAGAGCUUCUGGAAUUAGUAUUGGAGAAUAACAAUUUCAGUGGAAGCAUACCCAAAAAUAUGGGGAACUUGACCCAAUUAAUGGAGAUUUAUAUUGCCUACAACAAUUUGACCGGUACUAUAUCAGAUGAGAUUGGUGAUCUUCAGCAUUUACAGACACCAAGGAGAGAAAUUCCAACAGGAGGACCUUUUCAAAACCUCUCCUCUGAAUCAUUUGUCUCGAAUAGUGCGCUCUGUGGUGCCGCCCAACUCCAUGUUCCACCAUGCAAAAAUAAUACACAAAAACCAAAUUCAAGGAAAGCUAGUUCAUCCAACCUGAAAUAUCUUAUUCCAGGGAUCAUAUCAACAAAUCUCCUGGUAGCCUCUGUAUUAUUGUUAAUACUACAAAGGAAAAGGAAAGUGGAAGUUGCAACAGAGACUGCCUUGUUACCUCAACUUCUUUGGAGAACAGUUUCACACCUAGAACUUCUAAGGGCAACAAAUGGAUUUCAUGAAAGCAACUUACUUGGCAGUGGGGGUUUUGGCUCAGUAUACAAAGGCACAAUUUCAGAUGGGAUAGAUGUUGCUGUAAAGGUUUUCAAUUUACAGAUUGAAGGGGCUUUCAAGAGUUUUGAUAGUGAUUGUGAUGUGCUGAGCAAUAUUCGUCACCGAAAUCUUAUCAAAUCAGUUGUUGCAGUGAACCUGAUUUCAAAGCCUUGGUACUACAAUACAUGCCUAAUGGAAGCCUUGAGAAGUGGCAACAUACUACUUGAUGAUGAUGAUAUGGUUGCACAUGUUGCUGAUUUUGGCAUUGCAAGACUCUUAGGUGAAGGAGAUUCUAUGACCCAAACCAUGACCCUUGCCACAAUUGGAGAUGUGUAUAGUUUCGGUAUUGUACUAAUGGAGACGUUCACAAGAAGGAAGCCAACUGAUGAAAUGUUUGUUGGGGAGAUGAAUUUAAAGCAAUGGAUUGCAAAUUCAUUACUUCCAGAUGCUGCAAUUGUUGAAGUUGUUGAUGCCGAUUUACUUGGGGCAGAGGAACAUGGUGAUUUUGUGAGCAUGAGGGAUUGCUUAUCAUCCAUAAUGAGAUUAGCUCUAGCUUGUUGUGCACAAUUGCCGAAAGAGAGGAUUAACAUGCAAGAAGCUCUAGUCACACCCAAUAAAAUCAAGAUUAAGUUUAUGCAAACAUUCUGCAUAAAGUCAACUCUCUGGCUGCUAGAAGACAUAAAUUGUUUAUGA